AUGUACGCUAUUACAGCUGUACUCUGUGCGUUGGUGCACGUCGGCUCGGCGGUCUUGCCCUACGGCUCGGACAAAUGCGUCCGGGUCUCGGACCGAGGGUCGGACGGCGGCGUGCUCUGCAGGAUACGCACUCUCGAUGGUGAUGGAAGCAGCAUCGUCUCAGUGAAUUCAGACACAAGCCGGCUGGCUAUCGAGUGCAACCAUUUACUACUCUUCGAAAGCUCUCUAAGAGCACACUACUUUAGCCCAGUUUCGGCGCUCACCGAUCUGACAAUAAGUAAUUGUAAAUUACUACAAAUACCAGACAACACUUUUCAUGAAUUGAAAAAGCUAAAGAAGCUGAAAGUACGUUCCAAAAACUUUGAGUGGAGCCCGACUAAGAAUUUAGAGUUAUCUCUGAAUGCUUUCAAUGGAUUGUCGGAACUGCAGUCGUUGGAUCUCGCUCAGAAUAACAUAAAAUUUGUUCCUUCCGGCGUCUUCUGCUCUCUGGAAAACUUAAGCACAUUGAAUUUGACGCAUAAUAGAAUAAGAACUGUCGGACAACUUGGAUUUGGACAAGGCUGUGGAUCUAAUUUGCACAGCUUGGAUUUAAGUCAUAAUGAAAUUAAAUCACUUCCUGAAGACUCAGAAUUGCUGAAAUUAAGAAGUUUGCAACAUUUAUACCUGCAACAUAAUAAUAUCUCUGACAUAUCAAGUGAAGCUUUCAAUGGACUCGUAUCAAUGAGAGUUCUAAACAUAUCACACAACCAUCUACACACACUGCCCGACGGGCUUUUUGCAAAUGCCAGAGAACUGAGAGAAGUUUAUCUUAAUGACAAUACUCUGUUUGAAUUAGCAAGAGGAAUAUUUCAUCGCUUAGAACAGCUGAUUGUUUUAGACUUAUCAAGCAAUCAGCUAACAAGUAGUCAUAUUGAUGACGGGACGUUCCUGGGAUUAAUCCGUUUGAUAGUUUUGAAUUUAUCCAACAAUGCUUUGACGAGGAUCGACGGGAAAACAUUCAAAGAUUUAUUCUUUCUACAAAUAUUGAAUCUAAAGAACAAUUCUAUUGGAUACAUCGAAGAUAACGCAUUUUUACCGCUAUAUAAUCUUCAUACAUUAAAUUUAGCGGAAAAUCGACUUCAUACCAUUGAUGAGAACUUAUUCAAUGGUUUAUUUGUUUUAAGUAAAUUGACUCUCAACAAUAAUUUGCUUGUUAAUAUUGAUCGCAAAGCAUUCAAAAAUUGUUCCGACUUAAAGGAGUUAGAUUUGAGCUCCAAUCAACUGUUGGAGGUUCCUGACGCACUCUGGGAACUUUCCUUCCUCAAAACACUCGAUCUUGGAGAGAAUCAAAUAUCUGACUUCAAAAAUGGUUCCUUCAAAAACCUAAAUCAAUUAACAGGAUUGAGACUGAUUGACAAUCAAAUUGGGAACCUUUCCGUCGGAAUGUUUUGGGACUUACCGAGCUUACAAGUGCUUAACAUCGCUAAGAACAAGAUCCAGUCAAUCGAGAGAGGGACUUUUAGUAGAAAUAUGCAACUGGAGGCCAUCCGGCUCGACGGGAAUUUCCUGUCUGACAUCAACGGUGUCUUCUCAACGCUCGCGAGCCUUUUGUGGCUCAAUUUAUCGGAAAAUCAUCUAGUGUGGUUCGAUUACGCGUUUGUGCCUAGUAAUCUAAAGUGGUUAGACAUUCACGGCAAUUUCAUUGAACACUUAGGUAACUACUACAAGUUGCAAGAUGAAAUUCGUAUAAAGACAUUGGACGUUAGCCAUAAUCGUAUAGCGGAAAUAUCACCUAUGGCUAUUCCUAAUAGUGUUGAACUGUUGUUUAUAAACAAUAACUUCCUAAAUAAUAUUCAUGUGAAUACGUUUUUCGACAAAAAGAACUUAACGCGAGUGGACAUGUAUGCUAAUGAACUUGUGCAUUUAGAAUUAAAUAGUAUGCGUUUAGCUACAGUGCCGGCAAAUAAAAGUUUACCUGAGUUUUAUAUCGGCGGUAAUCCGUUUCAAUGUGACUGUACAAUGGAGUGGUUGCCUAUCAUAAACAAUAUGACCGCUAUGAGGCAAUACCCGCGUGUGAUGGACCUAGAAAACGUUUUGUGUAAAAUGACGAACACUCGAAGUGGAACUCAUGUGCCCUUAACUAAUUUAAAGACUACAGACUUUCUUUGUAAGUAUGAGACUCAUUGUUUUGCAAUCUGUCAUUGCUGUGACUAUGAUGCGUGCGACUGUGAAAUGACAUGCCCUCAAAACUGUACCUGUUAUCACGACCCAUUGUGGAACACUAACGUCGUCGACUGUUCCGGACAAUCUUCAAUGGAAAUACCGCAUAAAAUACCUAUGGAUGCAACCGAGGUAUUUUUAGAUGGAAAUAAUAUAAAGGAACUACAGGACCACGUUUUUAUUGGAAGGCAGAAAAUGAGAUCGCUGUACGUGAACAACAGCAAUGUCGAUAGCAUACAAAAUCGAACUUUUGCUGGCUUGAAUGCUCUCCAAAUACUCCACUUGGGGAACAAUAAGCUUAAAGAACUGAAAGGAUACGAAUUCCUUCAAUUGAGUAGUCUGAAAGAAUUGUUCUUACAAAAUAAUCUCAUUAGCCAUAUCGCCAACAUAUCAUUCCUUUCUCUAAAGUCAUUAGAAGUAUUACGCCUUGAUGGCAACAGACUAGUUGACUUUGGUGUAUGGACUUUUAACAACCAUCCUAAUUUGAAAGCUUUGUCACUCGGCAACAACCUGUGGUCAUGCAAAUGUCGCUACUUACAAGAGUUAACUGCUUAUUUGGCUGAGAAUGCGCAAAAAAUCAUCGACAUUACCGACGUAUGGUGUUGGAACGGCGACGCGAAGCCGCCACAGAAAAAAGAGCUCAAUUUAAACGGUACGGCCUGCAGCGAUUAUUAUGCUGAUAAUUCAGUCAUCGGAAACAUGCUUGUGUCCAACUAUGUUCCCAUGAUGGUCUCAACACUCACCGGCUUUAUGUUAAUAUUAUUGGCCCUGGUCGUACUGUUCCUUUUUAGAGAUUCCCUCAGAGUAUGGUUAUACACAAAUUGUGGCAUAAGAGUAUUUUCAUUCUCGGGUGCAUUUGAGGAGAGCCAAAAAUUAUAUGACGCCUACGUUUGCUACAGCCCGAAAGAUGAAGAAUCUGUCGUUCAAUCGUUGGCGAAUGAGCUAGAAAAUGGGAAUCCAUCAUACCGGCUCUGCCUCCAUUAUAGAGACAUUCCACACCACGGCGCUCAGUACAUGCAAUGCGCGCCGCCUGUCGUCGAGACCGCGGAAGCAUCGAAACGAAUAAUCAUCGUACUAACGAGAAAUUUCAUGCAAACGGAAUGGUCUCGAUACGAAUUCCGACAAGGGUUGCACGACGCGUUGAAAGGGUGUAUUUAUAAGCUAGUACUAAUAGAAGAAUACUCUGUUGUGGCGGAUGCGAUGUGCGACCCCGAUUUGCGGCCCUAUCUAAAAACAGGGUCGCGAUUACGAUGGGGCGAGAAAAGGUUUUGGAAGCGCCUCAGGUACAUGAUGCCGGAAUCUCAACCCAACCACAAGGCGCGGAGUCACAACUAUAGAAAAAGUUUGAAUACUUAUACGUUAGAUUCAUCGGUGCCUAACGGUGGAAACCGCACAUUACCUUUUCCCGAAAGAUCACCUGUGUUGGGAGGAGGUCAAGGUGCUAGUGCUCCACCGGAGUACAGUAGUGAAGUGCGGCAGUCGCCGUCAGCUAUGAGGCAGACGCAGGCGGUCGCGUACGGGCCAGAUGGUCGACCGAUCUCAGAUCAUAUUUACUCUUCAAUAGACUCUGAUUACUCCUCGCUAGAGCACGGCAUGGCCCCGGGCAGGCGGCGGGACAUGCGCCAGUGGCCCCCGCCGCCCCCUCUUGUCGAUACGGGCAACGCUGUGCAAGCUUACCUAGUCUAG